CCUGAGGCUUCCAAGUUCCAUGGACGCGCCUCACGUGUCUUCUACAUCAAGAAUAAUAAUAUUUUAUUCAUGACUUCACACUUCCUCCGACACCUUGUCAUCCUCGUUGCGCAGAGAGAGAACCCCUGGCAUACAAGCCUUCAAGAUGGCCGUUCCUCUUCCUGAAGUGCACUCCCUUGCAGAGUGCGUCUCUUUCCCUCAGACUGUGAUGCCGUUUGUCUCCGAGUUCCUUGCUCUCCCAACACGCCUCUUGGAAGCUGGCCAGGACGUCGAUACUCUGAAGGAGGUGUACUUCACCACCAACCCGUUCGUUACCGCGAUCGCUUUUGCGCUUCUGUUGUGUCCUUUGUUCUUGGUGACUUCUGAGAUUUUCCGGAACUGGUCCCAGGUUGAUCGAGUAUGGAGCAUCCUACCAGCUGUGUAUAACGUUCAUUUUGCAGUCUGGGCGCGUGCAACAGGCAUUUCCUCUCAACGACUCGAUACCAUCGCCCUUGUGACUAUUCUCUGGAGUCUUCGCUUGACUUUUAACUAUUGGCGCAAAGGCGGCUAUCAGUGGGGGUCAGAAGACUAUCGUUGGCAGAUUAUACGGUCAAAAAUCAACAACGGCUUCCUCUUCUUCCUCCUCAAUGUCGUGUUCAUCUGUGUGGUGCAGUCGCUACUCCUUGCGCUCAUCACCGCUCCCACCUACGUCUUCCUCGUCGUCUCUCAAGUACACGGUCACGAGGAGUUUGGCAUCCCUGACUUGGUCUUCUCUCGCUUGAUGUUCUUUUUCAUCGUCAUCGAACUGCUUGCCGACCAGCAGCAAUGGAGUUUCCAGCGCGCCAAGGGCGAAUACCUGAAGACGGCGCGGAUUCCGGACAGGUACAAGGGACGUUAUACGCAGGAAGACCUUGACCGAGGCUUCGUCGUCAGCGGUCUCUGGUCCUGGUGUCGCCAUCCUAACUUUGCGGCCGAACAGGCCAUCUGGCUCACCCUGUACAUCUGGUCCUGCUACAUCACCCAGACCUACGUCAACUGGACCGGAAUCGGCGUGUUGGGUUAUCUGUUGAUCUUCCAGGGUAGCACUCCGCUUACCGAGUCGAUCAGCGCAGCCAAGUACCCGGAAUACGUCGAAUACCAGGCCCGUGUGGGAAGAUUCAUUCCUCGUCUUUCUGUCGAAGCCAAGGGUAGCCAUGUUGCCGAGGGAUCGAAGAAGAAGAACAAGAGCACCCUGUCUGAGGUUGACCAGGCAGAGCAGACCGCAGAAGGGAAGAAGACUAAUUAAGGAGGAUCAGGAUGGGGGUGGGUUUUUUUGCUUUGGAUCUCUUGAUAUAUAACUAGCUAUGGAUUUGGAUACCAAGGAGUCACUUUGGAUGUUGAAUAGUUGAUACCAUUUAAACUUAUAGUAGUUUGGGGCAGUUUUCGUUAGUUUUCUAUAAAUCUGAG